AACAACUGAACUACGUAACAAACCACAAUUCCACACUCAGAACAAAACAAUCAAAAACAAUGACAAUCAUCCAUGUCGUCGCAUUCAAGACCGCUACUCCCUCCACCAUCGGGCCUCUGACAACAAGCAUCAAAGCUCUGAAAGAUAACUGCAUAAACCCUAGGACUGGCAAACCUUACAUACUUGACCUGAGGGGUGGAAAACAAAUUUCUACUGAAGGAUUGGAUAGGGGCAUGCAGGUCGUUUUCGUACUGGAAUUCGAGAAUGAUGACGACCUCCAGUACUACAUUGAUGAAGAUCCUGCUCAUGAACAAUUCAAGAAAAGCGCCAAAGGAGAAUGGGAGGCAAUUGAUGUUCUUGCAUUGGACUUCAGCAACGGGAAAUUCUGAGCACCUGCCGCUGUAGUGUUCAGUGCUUGUCUGCGAGAGACACCAGUAUUCAUUCAUGAAACAUGCUCUACCUUUUGUCUUUCCGUGGCCUAGUGGGAAGCCCGCGUGUCAAUUCAGCUUUCCCUCACUUUAUCCUGCAUCGCAUUCCUACUGCACUUUCGAUAAAGGACCCUGCGCUGUUGGAUAAAUUCGUUUCUACUGAAAACCUUGUUAGCAGCAUGAAAUGUACUUGUUGUUUUCUUCUCGGCU